CAUUCCUUCAGCCUCUCCCACCAGACGUGCAUCUGUUACAAUCAAUGAUACAACACUGUCACGUCUUUAUCAUGCAAAGUCCAUAGUUUACACUGAUGUCCACUCUUGGUGUGGCACACUCCACAGUUUGAACAAACAUAGGAUGACAUGUACCCAGUGCUAGAGUGUUAUACAGAGUAGUUUCACUGCCCUAAAAAUUCCGUGCUCUGCCCCCUCAUCCCUCUCUUUACAAUGUUUUUGUUAACACAGUCCCCGGUUCACAGGUGAUGCUUGAUAAUUUGCAGGGUAGAUGCUGCUGCCGCUGGAAUGGUGCAGGCAGAGGCUGCAGGUCUGGAAGAGAGGGGAGAGUGUGGGACGUUUCGUGGGAGGGACACGCAGGCCUGGGCGACAGAGGAUGGGGAUGGGGAGGUGGGAGUCUGGGGGUUCAAGGCUCUGGAGGUGGUGGUGAUGUUGGAUUGCAGAGAAAUGGAAAAUGGUGGACAGCGAGGACUUCAAGGCAGACUUUCAGUCCGCUAAGGAGCUGUGUCAGUCAGCCAGGACAGCAGGAAUCUCUGAGGAAGAGGCGCCCACCCUGGGUUCCAUUCCCAUUUCACUGUGUGACCUUCUCUCCUCCGCGGGGCUGGACUGGUUGUAGCCGUUAUACAGGUCGAAAGUGACGCCCUAGGGGGAGCGAGGGAAGCAUCCCGGGACCAGGCGGGACCGGCGGCCGGGACGCGCGGGCGGGCGUCUGAAGGGCUUUCUUGGACACGGUUCGCGGACCGAGCAACAGGCAGCUGUGUUCUCUCACUAUCGAUCUUCUGGAUGCAGAGAGAGAGAAACUUUUCAGCCAGCGCCGGCCUGUCGCUUUCAAGCCGGAGGUCCCGGGCCCCGUGUGACCCGCGGCGCCAGGAAGGGAGGACAGGCGCGCGGCGGUGGCGGCGGGCGCUCAGCUGUGCCCGUCUGCCCAAGGGUUAACCCGUUCCCCUGCCGCUGCCGCGCGUGCCUUGCAGAAUUUCACCAGAAGAGGGUACAGUCUGAAAAGCUCUUGACGUCAGGCUGGAAUUCCUAUUGUGUUUAGAAACGGCUUGGGCAAAGCAAGCCCAAGUUCUCUCUCCGCACACCUCGGCGGGCGGUGUGGGUCCGGCAGCGACGGGACCCGUCUCGCGCCGGCGGCGCACGCGGGGACCCGCGCGCCCGGGGACCCAGGACCCUGCCUGACGCCUACGAGGGGGGACCCCACUCCUGCAAGAGGCCGAGCCGAAACGGCGGAUCGCCGCACCCGGGAGCCGGGGUGAGUGCUCGGGGCAAGGCAGGUGGCCGCGAGAACCGCACCCCCCCACACACACCGCCCUGCACCGCCGGCGCGCCCCCAGCGCCCGGAUGCCCGCCGGGACCCCCGCCGCCGGGUGCAUGCCUCCCCCGCGGCGCGCCCCAGCCCGCAGCCGCCGGUUGUGACCGCGCUUCCAGGCAGGCGGGCGCCGGCCAGGCUUCCCCUGGGUCCGCGCACCGGUGGGACCCGCCGACCCUGCGGCGGCUGCAGGGCGCGGAGCCGAGGCCGCGCGGGCACACGCCAGGAGAAUGGACGGGACCGGGGAGCGCAGCCUCCCGGAGCCGGGUAGCCAGGACUCCCGGGCGGGCGACGACAUCGAGAUCGUGGUCAACGUGGGGGGCGUGCGGCAGGUGCUGUACGGAGACCUCCUGAGCCGGUACCCCGAGACCCGGCUGGCCGAGCUCAUCCACUGCUUGGCCGGAGGCUAUGACACCAUCUUCUCCCUGUGCGACGACUACGACCCCGGGAAGCGCGAGUUCUACUUCGACAGGGACCCGGAUGCCUUCAAGUGUGUCAUUGAGGUCUACUACUUCGGGGAGGUGCACAUGAAGAAGGGCAUCUGUCCCAUCUGCUUCAAGAACGAGAUGGACUUCUGGAAGGUGGACCUCAAGUUCCUAGACGACUGCUGCAAGAGCCACCUGAGCGAGAAGCGUGAGGAGCUGGAGGAGAUCGCCCGCCGCGUGCAGCUCAUCCUGGACGACCUGGGCGUGGACACGGCCGAGGGCCGCUGGCGCCGCUGCCAGAAGUGCGUCUGGAAGUUCCUGGAGAAGCCCGAGUCCUCGUGUCCGGCGCGCGUGGUGGCCGUGCUGUCCUUCCUGCUCAUCCUCGUCUCGUCGGUGGUCAUGUGCAUGGGCACCAUACCAGAGCUGCAGGUCCUGGACGCCGAGGGCAACCGCGUGGAGCACCCGACGCUGGAGAACGUGGAGACGGCCUGCAUCGGCUGGUUCACGCUGGAGUACCUGCUGCGCCUCUUCUCUUCGCCCAACAAGCUGCACUUCGCCCUGUCCUUCAUGAACAUUGUGGACGUGCUGGCCAUCCUCCCGUUCUACGUGAGCCUCACGCUCACACACCUGGGCGCCCGCAUGAUGGAGCUGACCAACGUGCAGCAGGCGGUGCAGGCCCUACGGAUCAUGCGCAUCGCCCGGAUCUUCAAGCUGGCGCGCCACUCCUCCGGGCUGCAGACCCUCACCUACGCCCUCAAGCGCAGCUUCAAGGAACUGGGGCUGCUGCUCAUGUACCUGGCCGUGGGCAUCUUCGUCUUCUCUGCCCUGGGCUACACCAUGGAGCAGAGCCACCCAGAGACCCUGUUUAAGAGCAUCCCCCAGUCCUUCUGGUGGGCCAUCAUCACCAUGACCACAGUGGGCUACGGUGACAUCUACCCCAAGACCACCCUGGGCAAGCUCAAUGCGGCCAUCAGCUUCCUGUGUGGGGUCAUUGCCAUUGCCCUGCCCAUUCAUCCCAUCAUCAACAACUUUGUCAGAUACUACAACAAGCAGCGAGUCCUGGAGACGGCGGCCAGGCACGAGCUGGAGCUGAUGGAGCUCAACUCCGGCACUGCUGGUGAGGGCAAGGCAGGGGGCUCCCGCGGUGACCUGGACCACCUCCCACCGCCAGAGCCUGUGGGGAAGGAGGACCCGAGCUGGAGCAGCCGUCUGAAGCUGUCCCACAGUGACACCUUCAUCCCCCUGCUGACCGAGGAAAAGCACCAUAGGACCCGGCUCCAGAGCUGCAAGUGAUGGGGGCCGACUCAGGCACAGACAGGCCGGCUGGUGGAGAGAUGGAUGGACCGGUGUGAUGGGACUGUCCAUGACUGCCCGGGAGGGGCCGUCAUUUGUCCCCUCCCUACCCACUCCUGAACAGAACUCUGGAGGCCCUCUUGGGCACCUCUGAUGAGUCUGGGGUAAGAUUCCCUUUGUGUUGUCCAGGGGCAGGGGAGGGAGACGGACAGGUGUCCAGGAGUCCCUGACAUUGUGGGGGUCAUGGAGGCCAUGGUCUGGUUGACGGCAGGAGCCCUCACCCGGUUCUGUAUCUCCCUCAAUAAAGCCUCCAGCUCUCUGCACC